CAUUUCAAGCUCAAACCGCAAGAAGAAAGCCUCAGUACCCCGCACGCUGGGCUCUGCCGCCUCCGACGUUGGGCGGUACGACGACCGGCGAGAGGCUGCACAAUCUCGGGUUGCGUAGAACGUCAUGGACUCUGGACGAAGACGACACGAGAACACGACAUGGAGAUUGCCUCAGAAUUUGCACUUACAACGCGAGAACUGUCUCCAGUGAUGCCGACCUUCGUUGCCUGCUUGAUGCCGCGACCGCGGCGUCAAAAGUCCAUCUGUAUCAUCAGCUGCUAUUCACCACACAUGGGCGCUGAUGAUUCCGAAUUAGACGCAUUCUACGAUCAGCUGGAGGAAGUCAUCCGCACCGAGAAGCUUGAAAAACGAGCCUUGCACCGCCCGAAGACAAGAAGAUCGGUCGUGUACGAUGAGAACAUCUUGAACGAGUGCCUUUCCCAACACUUGUGGCGGAUCGAUGAGGACCCAACGAAGGAUUACGAAUUGCUACUCGAGGGACUUCAAGCCUGUGCUGAUGCGGCUUCUCUUACUCAGCGAAGGAGCUCCGAACGCAUCUCGACGUCAACGAGAGAACUCUUGAGUAAGCGAAGGAGCCUGCGACUUGAUCCGAAUGCAACCCACCUCGAGCGACUGAUUGCUGACACCAGUUGCAGAAUAGCGCUGCAGGAGGACAUACGACAGUUCAGGCAAAGAAAAAUCCUCGAAGCUGCACAAGGAAGAUCAAGUAUAAAGAAGUGA